CUGAUGACAUGACUCAUCUCAUUACUCCGAAAACAUCAGUACCAUAGAUUAUAAUUCCAUUUUCAAUAUCAACCGAUGAAUUUCAUAUUCUGAAUAAACCCUUUUAAAUAAACAUUUCAUCGCUCUCAAGCUGGAACUUUACAAUGAACGACCACUGUCAUCGGAUUUCAUUUACUUCCACUGUAGAAACACUAGGUGGAGAUAAACAUCCACCACCACGCGCCAUACUCGUAAUGACACGAUUUUAUAGUACAGCACAAUGUUCUCUGGUGAUGGGCACCUCGAUAAUUUAGUAAUAACAAACAGAUUUCAAAGCAUAUAAAAAACAAGUCGAAAACACAGACUAAGGAUAGUAAUGCGGUCAAUGGUGAAUUUGAAUGUUUAUGCUUUCGAAUUAUUGGAAACAGGCAAAAAGGAAAAAUGAAAUAAAAAGAAAAAAGCACUCCCUGGUCUGUAUCCCCACGUAAGCCCACCCCCGUGAAAGUGAAAUCUGCCAUCCGUGCUGCAGUUCCUCUACAGUCUUUAAUUUGAAGUCACUCCUACCAGGACGUAUUUCCUCGGGCACAAGGGCGCGCUGGAGCCUGCCGUCUUAUUAACGCACAGGUUUACUGACACAGCACUGGAUCUACAAAGGACCCAAGGACACAGACUUUUGAAUCUAGUUAGCUUGAUUAAAAGCAGCUAACACUGACAUCAUUUUAUUGUACGGCUCCCUAAACGGAUGGUAUCGUAAUAAAAAAAGAAAAAAAGUUAUCAAUUGGGACCGAAAAAGGGACCGAGUAUGAAUGAUGUAUUGCGCAGAAUCUCGGCUCAUUUAGCCUACGAUUAAUUUACCGGAGAGAAGCGCAUCUCCAUCUCGUGGGAUGCGAGCGGGGCAUGUCUUUGCUGAAUGCUGUUGCACGGUUUUGGUUAGACGGUGCCAAACUUGCGCAAAGAGCCCGAUUCUGCACAAGAACUGAUCGUUGCCAGUAAGGUGACCGAAAGCACACAAUGUCAGCCAUACGGCGGAAAUUUGGCGAGGACUACCAGGUGGUAAACACCAACCGGAGCAUGACUUUUUCCGCGCCGGUGAAGAAAAAGAGGCAGCGAUUUGUAGAGAAGAACGGCCGCUGCAAUGUCCAGCACGGUAACCUUGGGAGUGAAACCAGCAGGUACAUCUCUGAUCUAUUCACCACGCUGGUGGAUCUAAAGUGGCGCUGGAACCUGCUCAUCUUCAUCCUCACGUACACGGUGGCGUGGCUGGUCAUGGCUUCGAUGUGGUGGGUCAUCGCUUACAUCCGCGGAGACCUGAGCUACGGCGGCCACAACUCGUCCUACACCCCGUGCGUCGCCAACGUCUACAACUUUCCCUCUGCGUUUUUGUUCUUCAUCGAGACCGAGGCGACCAUCGGCUACGGCCACCGGUACAUCACGGAAAAGUGUCCUGAGGGUAUCAUCCUCUUCCUCUUCCAGUCGCUGCUGGGCUCCAUCGUGGACGCUUUCCUGAUUGGCUGCAUGUUCAUCAAGAUGUCGCAGCCCAAGAAGCGCGCGGAGACGCUGAUGUUCAGCCAGGACGCGGUCAUUUCGCAGCGGGACGGGAAGUUAUGCCUCAUGUUCCGAGUGGGAAACCUGCGAAACAGCCACAUGGUGUCCGCUCAGAUCAGGUGCAAACUCAUAAAGUCUCGGCAGACCCCAGAGGGCGAGUUCCUGCCUCUGGAUCAGUGUGAACUGGAUGUAGGUUUCGGGACAGGGGCGGAUCAGCUCUUCCUAGUGUCACCUUUGACUAUCUGCCAUGAGAUCAACAGCAACAGCCCGUUCUUCGACCUGUCACAGCGCUCGCUCAUGAACGAUCAGUUUGAGAUUGUUGUCAUUCUGGAGGGCAUCGUGGAGACCACUGGUAUGACAUGCCAGGCAAGGACAUCUUACACUGAAGAUGAAGUCUUGUGGGGUCAUCGCUUCCUCCCUGUCAUGUCUCUUGAAGAGGGCUUCUUCAGAGUCGAUUACUCCCAGUUCCACAACACCUUUGAAGUCCCCACACCUCCCUACAGUGUCAAAGAGCAGGAGGAGAAGUCCUCCCUGACGUCACCCAACCCCCUGCCUGUUGCGCCUACUCCCCCUUCGCCUCUGCUGAAGAACAGCAGCCGAGUAGGCCGCAGGGAGAGGCUCCUGUCAGCUGACAAUGCAGACCAUGUAGAUGAUCAAGUCUCCAGGCUGCCCAGCAAACUCCAGCGCAUGAGCUCCAGCAGGGAGGAGCAUCUCUGGAGGGGGCUGAAGACUGGGUCAGCCUUGCCUGGGGGGAAGGCCUCCAGCACAGGAGAUCUGCCGCUUAGUAUUCAGAGGCUGAGGUCCAGCUCCAUCCCUGUAGUGAGGCAAGGACAUCCGGAGGAGCAGGUCCAGCUGUUGUCUUUGGAUGGAGAAGCUGAGGAGAGUGAGCUGGAGAAGCACAGAUUGCCCACAGCCAUUAGCACCAUUGCUGCUCCAACCCCAGCACCAGUCCAGAUCUCCUCGGUAGGGAGUCGGCCAGAGGACAACCUGCCUCCCAAACUGCGCAGAAUGAAUGCUGACCGCUGACAUCUGCAAACUACCUUCAGGACUAAAACUAAUUUGAAAAAUUUAUCAGGCUUGAUGGGCAUUGCAUAUAAGUAAAGUCUACUGUGAUCUAGUUUUUUUUUUUUUGUAAUUUCUGCAGAUUCUCUCCAGUUUUCAGUAUUUCUUAUCAGGCUCUUUACUAAGUUGUCCAUUGCCACAAAUAGAAGGACAACACCAAUAAGCCAUCCAUCCGCUCAUACUGUGACUCAGUUUUGAUAUAUCACCAUCUGUGCCCCCCACUGACUUUUAACAUUUAUGUCCUUGUGCUUGUUCCUUUCAUUUCUUUUCCCAGAAGUUGCAUCAAAGACUUUCUUAUGGCCUCAAACUGCUGUAUCCACUUUUUUUAAUUGAACAAGCACCAAAGUGGCAGUUAUAAAUCAGACUGAUCAUUUGCUAAACCAGCUCCCUUAAAACAGUGACUGUCCAGUGGCUGCUUAGCAAAGAUAACCAGGCACGGCAAGUCUGUCAAGCUUUGGAUUCACUUAUUAUUCUUGAUUUCUCAUAUAAUAAGUGUGCAGUGGUGUUUAAAUUAAGUCUUUACCAAACAUAAAACAAUGUGCAAAAGGAUAAGAAAGUGUUUUAGAGGUUUGCUCAUUUGUAUCAAUGUAAAAUUUAUCUGUAGCAGAUGCUGUUUGCUACGGGACAACCUACUGUAGUAGUCAAAUAGUACCUAAUCUCUAAAAACAGAUUUUGCAUAUGAAUAUGUACAAUCUGUAGGCAAGACACAACAUUUCUGUACCAGGCACACUCUGGUUUCUUUUUGUAGUCUUUUUUGUAGUCCAGGUGCACUUUACUAGCAAUGCACCGAUAUGAUAUUUGGAUCAGAUUUUGGUCCGAGCCUAAUUGUAAAGGCUGGAUUGGAUAUUGUUUAAAACGAGAUGAUCUAUGACCAAUCUAUUCAUUUUUACUGUAUUUGAUUCACUCAGCAGCAACAGUGGUUGCUAUUGGCCAAGCUAACAAAGUACUAAGUAAGCUAACAGCAAAGCAGCAGUUGAUGCUUUCUCUUUCUUGGUCCUUCACUUGUUUGGAAGCUUUUAUUACUCUUUAUUACAGUCUUGGUUACAUAAUGUGCUUGUGCCAGCUCAACUUCACACCAAUAUAUUGAGGAGCAGUAAAAGCAGGUGAACUCAGAUUGAGAGGAAGUAAAGGAGAAACUUGCAUGACUGUCAAUGAAAGCAGUGUGCAGUAGGCUUGCACUGAGCUCGGACUAAUGCAAAUAAAUUAGAUAAAUAAUGAAAAUUACAUUUUAGAUUUUAUUAUUUUUUCCUGUUGUUGUUUAUUAUUUUAUUAAUAAAUAUAAAAUCAAGUACAUUUCUAUUCUUGGAUGCAUGUAUUUGUUAGGAAAGCAUGAUUUAAGUUGAGCCUGGUGCUAGCUAAAGCAUAAGGAAUGAUACUCUUCCUCACAGUGAGGAUUACAGUUUAUUGAUUUAACUCUGGUACCGGAUCAACAGAUACUCAAUGCCAAGAUCUCAGUAUUGGAUCAGAAUUGGUAAAAGCAGGAUUGGUGUGUCCCUAUUAUUGACUAACUUUGGUUGAUAGUCAUUUUGUAGAACAAUAGAGGAAUAUGCAUUUGCUAAAACACAUCAGAUAACUAUCACCUAUUGCCUAACAAUGAUUUGAGUUUUUAUUUGCUUUUUUGCCUGACAUCACAAACACUAAUCAGAGGAUGGAAAAAGAGAGUAAGGUUCUAAGACUAUAUCCUCUUUAAUUAAUUAAAUUUAUUUUUACGUAAAAUCCAGCAGCUUUAGCUUCAGUCUUUUUGCACAGUAUCAUGUCUGAAGACAUCCAGUGCAUAUUUAGAUAAUUUUUUCAAGAUUAGGCAUUGUUUUUGGGGUUUUUUGCUAACAUUGACCUUUCAUCCCACAUGCACAGCUUACAUUAGCCUAAUUAGCUAGUUAACAUAAAGCUAACAAAAAAUCAACGGCUUAUCUACAAUUUAGUAGAAAAACUGCAUGAGUGCCAUACAAGAAAGCAACAGGGGGACAGGGUUUAACUUUACACAAUUUAACCUGAAGUGGAUCCCUGAUACACAUGUUACAUUAAUAUGUUUUAAGGACUACUAUUUAUUUGGAUGCUCACAUGAGCAACUGCAUUACCUAUUGUGCAAUUUUAACAAUUUUUACCUCUUGGUGCACUGUUUGCAUUGGACCAUUACACAUGGGGUGCCAAAUGCAAUCACAAAUCAAUUUUAGACUGCAGAUUUUCUGUCAUUAUUAACUGGUUUAUCAAAAUGUAAAAAAACAACAGCAACAAAAAAACAAAAAAAAAACAAUGUAGGAAUGCAGGGAAGAUGACGUCAGAGGAUCUGUGUAUUAUUGCCAAUAUAAAGGAAAGAUUACUUCAUAUUGCAACUGCUAAAUAAUAAAUUCUUUGAAAACACAACUGUGCCUGUUAGCACUGAUUUUUCCCUAUGAAAAAAAAAGCUGUAUUGCCUUUUCUGUUUGACUCAGCUUGUAUAUUUGCACACUGUACUCAACAUCCAGAGCAGUUUCAUCCUGCAGAAUCUAUCAGCAGCUCAUGUGUCACCUGCUGUGAUGGCUAAACCAGCAUUCAUCAAAUAUUAAAGCCUUAAACGUGAGCCUGAGUUUGUUCUGUUUUGAAGCAAAUUUUAGAACGACAAGCAAGAUCCUUCAGACAAAAUCUUCAGGUAGUUACCCCUGGCUGGAAGGUUAACCGAGUUAAAUCUAGCCCCUCAACCUUCUCCUCUGGCUGCAACUUACUGUAUAUUAUAUAUAUUAUAUAUUUACUUAUAUUUUAGUUUUCAAGCUGCCAAAAAUCACAGGUUAAAGGAGCUUGGUAAGUGGCAUAAUUGCUGCUGACACAUGUACUCCAUAGGCAGAAAAUCUUGCAGAGAUAAGACUUAAACAUCAGAGGAUGUCAAGCGUUUAUUAGUCAUGCUGCAAAGAAUAGCAGAAGAAUGAAAUGUGAUUAUGUAACUAGUUGAGAGUAAGAAAUGACCUCCGUCCAGCUUAAGAUAAAAUUAACUCAGAUAAAUGGUGGUGGGAAAGAAUAAAUCAAAGACAUAACAAUGUAUAAUGAUGGACCAACUGAAAUAUGCAUUCAUUAUUCAGUGAUCAUUCAAAUGCGCUUGGGGAAAAAAAGAUUAGUGUAAUUUUCAUUCAAAGGCACUUUCUUGAUAAAAAUUUUAAAUAUAUAAACAGUUUGCCUCAUUUGUAUUUACUGACUUAUUUCAUAUUUGGGUUAUGCUAAAACACUAACGAAAUUGCAUUUAAUCAAGCAAAAGUAAAACACACAAUAAGUGCUUAUCAUUACCUUGAAGAUCAUAAGAAGAAAAAACCUUCAACAGGAAAAUUUUAAUUUAAAAUUGGUAGAUUUACUGGAGCAGCAGGAAGGAAAAAACAUCCUUUUAGUAGAAAGAAACCUCCAGCAAAACUGAAGACAGACAUAGGCCUUGAUCACUUAGGGAUUGAGGGAAAAUAAAAGAGAAAAAAAAAACAGAUCAUAGAGAGGACAAAACACAUAGUAUGUGAGAAAGAAGAUACAAUUCAAUUUCACGGCUGCAGUGUAUAACAC